AUGGCAUCCCAAUCUUAUUCAUCCCCAAGAUCUGCAAGCGUUGCUAAUGAUGCGAGACGUUGCAAGUGCGGUCUUUAUCCCUCAAUUAGGACAGCAUGGACUAGGGUUAAUUAUGGGAGAACAUUUUACCAAUGUUCUUAUGGGGGUUGUGAUUACUUUGAUUGGGCAGAAGGUCCUAUUGAAGGGGUGAACAAUCAACCUGUUAACAGUUCUAAUCCACAACCACAAGUUAACAGAAACACGAUUGAUGCGAGUGCGGUUGAAGUUUUGCUUGCGGAGGGUAGGAGGAGGGAACAAGCUUACAUCAAAAUCAUUGUGGGUACUUGGGUGUUUGUACUCGUUGUCCUGGUUGCAAUUAAGAUGGGUUAA